CUCAGAAAUUCGCAGCUCUUCACCAAUUGGCAGUCGGACACGAGCACCUUGACCCGUUGUACCGUGAAGCCGCAGUUACUAGUAUGAGAGUCAGGCACAUGAUUUCACUCAAGCCCAAGAAAUCAAUCGGUCAAUCAAUCAAUAAAUCAAUCAAUCCACCGGACUACUAGCACGCGCAGAUUCGCGAAGGCCCUCUGUUUCCUCUUGGCCUUUUCGAUUCUUCGUUUGUUGCCCUGCUCCAUCCACGAUACGCGGUAGAAUCGGGCGCUGCUAUUGAUUUGGGUCGGAAAUCCGGACUUCGCAGCUACCAAAUCAUCGGAGCUCCUAAUAUAACCCGACAUGUUCAAACAUGUUAAUGUCAAAACCUCAACAGGGACCACAUCUCGUGAAGCCGCCGAAACCGAUGAAGAUUCGAUUUCAUUAACUUCUACCCCCCGGGUCACUCCCGAUCCAGACCGAGAAUAUGAGGUUGAGGGUAUCUUGGCCGAAGGACAAGACGACGAAGGCCAGGCACGCUACCUCAUAGAGUGGACUGGAUUCCCGCUCGUUGAGGCGACCUGGGAGGCUGAAUCGAAUCUCAGUGAUGAACUAAAGGCAUUGUGGGAGGAAACAAAGGCCAAGCACGCAACUGGCGAGCUUGAGCCCUUCGAUGUUCAGAAAUGGUAUGAUGUUGUCCGUGCUAGGCGUAUGCGGCAUCGUCGCCGGAAUGAAAAGCGAAAAAGGUUGGGCCUUCCAUUAACAGAGCCGUUCACGGAUUCGUUCACGGAUUCGAGCGAGGAGGAGGCUGCUGAGGACUCCGAUAUAGACGACUUUGUACCCAAGCCCGCAGCGAAAGAACGACCUAAGCACGCCCGGCCUACAAGUGCCGCGCCAGCAGUUGAGGGCUCUCGGGGGAGAGCCGACACCAGAAGGUCGGAAGCGGAACCUGCAAUUUCCCUCGCCGGCAUAGCAUCACUCCCUCCUAAGCCAACUCACUCAGGCUUAUCAUCAGUACCCUCUAGGCCGACAAAUAAUUCAGGCCUAGCUUCAUUACCCCCAAGACCAACUCAUUCAGGCCAUCCACCCAGCCUGGGUUACCAAGGAACAGCCAAAGGGCCGACCAAACAAGUUCCCGACAGAUCCAAUCGUAAUGCCAACAAUGGAAGAGACAAUGCGGAACUAGCCUAUCCUUUGAACACCGAGCGAAAAUCAAAGGCAGGAGUUGUUAGCACUGUACUGUCCCGAACACCAACCUUAUCGUCGGGCAAUUCCGCGGCCAUUCCUCAGCCUCAGAGAACCCUCACGGCCAAAAAGGGUACGAAGAAGCCGGCUGGAAAUAUCUUUACUGGCGGCAAGCUGCGAAAACCGCGAUCGAAUCUACGGGACGCCAUAUCUGACCCGACCAAGGAACCGAGAUUCUUCGCCACUCAUAGGCGCCGUCGCCUGGCUGAGAAGCGAAGUCGUGACAAGGAGGACCUCCCGCCGGACAUUUCGAGCCUGCAGCUUUUUGAUAUCAGCAAGGGACCCGUGGCUGCUAGACGAAGCUCCGGCAGUUCCAUUCAGAGCCCAAGCGCGCUAACUCCCCAGGGGCCCGUCACACCUAUCGAGACUAAUCCCGGCGCCGGUCCGUCAGCGAUGGCCGUCACGAACCCGGAGCAGGCUGCAGAGCCCGCAAGGAAGAAGCGAAAGUCGGUUCGAUUCUUGGACGAUGACGCCGGAGAUGACGCUCUCUUUGUUCAAGAACCCGAAUCGAUGGUUGUUGACAGCCCUGUCACGGGAGAUCCGCCUCAGGACCCGCAAGGCCCUUUCCCUCGGGCGUCCCUUCCAAGCGCUAACCCUAUUGCUGCCCGGGAAAAGCCUAUCUUGAAUCAGAACCGCUUGAUACCGUUGGCACCGGGCACCACGGGUACCCAGAGCUCACGAAAGAAGUUGAUAUUGGGUCAAUCUUCCGUUGAAGUGAUCUUCAACGGGUUGCCCCUAGCAUCACCCACAAACCACGCAUGGCUUGCCGACUUCCUAGCCAAGGAGACGCUGGAGUUCAGGCACACCUGCUUCGCCAAAAACGUGGCUACCAAGAUAGGAUCGCUGGUACACGAACAGCUAGCCAGCGGGAUUUUAGAACCUAGAGAGGGGCAAGGGUACUUCGAUCAGGUUACCGAGUAUCUGAUAGCCGGCUUGUUGGGCUUCUUCUACAGCCAGGCUGAGUACAACAUCCUGAUAUUCCCAACCAAGUGCGAUGAUUGGAAGUCGAUCGCGCUGGGCCAGGAAGCAGUAAGCCCGUCGGGAGUAGCACUCCUCAGAUAUUUCAUUUUCUCCUCACUACUGGAUUUUGGGCUCAUGUCGGCCCCAUUGACUCCUACCGCAACCUCUCUGCAAGCAGUCGGAGAUUCGGGGCCGAGGCCUGGCGAACACGGGCCUUCUGAUCGGGAGCUCAUGCUCAAGCGAUUUUUCGGGUUCAACUAUUCUCACCUUCUCCCACCAAUGCUCAAAGAGCGUGGUGUCCACAAUUUCUUCCUAGCAAUCCCCCCUUCUAGAGAGGUGACAUUGCAGGCACUCUGUCAUUGGUUACGUUCUUGCAACCCCGAGUGCCGAAUAUUCACCAGCAGUCGCGCUGGAAGUUGGGCAGCUCUUCAAGCUGCUUCCGAAGGGGUGGUGAUCAUUCACGAGAUGCUUGCAUGGAGUCUUCGCCGGUUUCCAAACCUUAAUCGAUGUCUCAUCUCGAGGAAAGACCAAUUCUGGUGCCUUUCAGAGCCGGUCCACGGAGUCAGGCUCUAUCCGUCGAUAUCCACCACGGAGCAGCCCGUACCUCCCGGAGACGUCCGUCUCACGAAGCUGUUCCCGUAUCGGUCAGCUGUACUCCUCACACCAAGCUUCAUCGUCUCCGAACCACGCCGCGCUGCUCAGUUACUCGAGUGGUUUGCUCAGUGGGCCCGGACAUUUCAUUACCGAAUCGUCACACCCUACAACUUCCACGAAUACACAC